CAGCCUCCAAGACAAGGGGGGUCCAGGCUACCACCCCCACCCGCAUUCUGUUUUCUUGGAUCCCUCCAUGCCCUGCCACACUGCCAUUGCUUGCCCAUAAAAAAUUUCAAACCCCUGACACUGCCUCCUCAUAUUAACUCAUCCUCUCCGCCGUUUACCCGGCCCAUCAUCGGAGCAGGCAAUGUGCCCCAGGGCGACGGCCCAGCACGGUGGCGGCGAUGCAAUGGCGAGAGCAGCCACCAUGGUCACCGCGGUUGGUGCUGCUAAUGCGCAUUCGUUCGGGGACGAGGAGUACAUCGACCUGGAUCUCAGUUCUUGUGGGGAAUUCGAGUUCCGGGUGCGCCGGAGCAGCGCGGACGAGCUGAUCUGCCGGGGCAGGAUGGCGGCGCCCCCGCACAAGGGGGCGCUGAGGUCGGGGGGCAAGCUGCAGGAAGUUGAUGCCAGCGGCGGUGCCUGUGGCGCCGGCAGGAGGAGCGCCGCGACGGUCGCUCCGCUGCAGCAUUCGCAUUCCGCGGGGUACCGCGACGCGCAGCCGGCGGCGAGGCUGCGCGCAGAGGGGUCCCGGCGCAGGAAGGCCGCGCGGACGGUGCACGCGAAGCUGCAGGCGUCGCGGGCCUUCUUCCGGUCCCUGUUCGCCAGGACCUCGUGCUCCGACGAGCAAUGCCGUGGCGCUGCCGUCCGGGCCAGGACCAGGGCGACGCCAUCUGGCGAGACCAAGAGCAGCAGCUGCUGCAAGGCGCCAUUCGGCCAAAUCAAGAACGGCUGCAGCAUCAGCACCAGCAGCGGCAGGGCAGCGCCGACCACCCUGAGGAGCAGCAUCGAGCAGGAGAAGCUGAUGGACGAGGAGGAGCUCGCCGCAGCCGCCGCCCGCCAGCGCAAGUCCUUCUCCGGCGUGAUCAAGUGGCGGCACGCGAUGUCGACGGCGCCUGCAGCGGCACCGUCGAAGCCGCUGUCUUCGUCCUCGGCGAGGAGGAGCUCCGGGGUCGCCAGCGGCCCGGCGCUGAAGAGGAGCAGCAGCGCCCGGUCGGAGUCGGAGGGGCUCAUCCAGGGCGCCAUCGCCUACUGCAAGCGGUCGCAGCAGCAGCUCGGGCUCGCCAGGAAGAGCGUCAGCGACGCGCCGCCCUCUGCUCCUUCCUGGCCUAGCAACCCAACUCGAUCAGCUCCAGCCUACUACUACUACUACUUGUAAUCACAUGUGCAAAAUGGCUUUCCAAAGUGAUCACAAUAAUGUGAAGUCCUCUCUUUCUCGCAGCUUACGCAGCCAAUCCCUGUCCUGUGCAUUUCAACCCCUUUUUUAUCUCAUCUUGUGUGCCAAAUUCUCCAUAUAAAAAAGAAAAGAUUUUCAGGACGCCCAUGUACGUAACAUAACACUUGUUCUCUCUUCACGUUUCCGAAAUUGAGAGUGCUGCAGAUGACGCCACUUUCGUAACAAAAACAGUAUCAUGUUGUCUUCAUCGGAAUUGCC